GUUUGUGAUGGACUCACUGAGUCUCAGACAGAUCUGUCCUGUGUGAAGACAUUUCCUGUCUCUGACCUUUAGGAUCAACCAUGAGUUUCUCAGUCUGGUCUCUGUUCAGCUGUAAAAGGUUUCCACACAUUCAUGUCAUCAAUACACUUUAUUAGUUUGUUAUCAGAGCUGAGAUCAUCAGAGGAAAGUCAAAGUUGUGUGUCAUCAGCAUAUGAAUAUAGGUCCAGUCCAGUGUUGGUUCAUCUUUGUGACUCUGUGUUUUUCUUUCCAGUGUCUGAGCUGAGGGUUGUUCUGCUGGGGAACAGCUGGUCUGAGAGGAGCUCAGUGGGGAACUUCAUACUGGGAGAGACUGUGUUUGACACUGAGGGACAACCAGGCCACUGUCAGAGAGUUGGAGGACAGCUGGAGGAGAAAAUACUAGUUGUCAUCAACAGCCCAGAUCUGCUGCUUCCUGAUGUCUCUGAACACAGACUGAGACAAUAUGUAGAGGACUGUGUGAGAGUCUCUGAUCCUGGACCUCAUGUGUUCCUGCUGGUUCUACAGCCUGAAGACUUCACUGAGGACCACAGACUGAGGCUCUGCAGAGUCCUUCAGCUCUUCGGUGAUCGAUCAUUUGAUCAUUCACUGGUUCUGAUAUCAGCACCCAGAGAGGAGAGUCCAGGCUCCAUGGAACAGUUCAGGCAGCAUCCACCCUUAAAACACAUGAUCAGAUUAUGUAGAUACAGAUGGUUGUGGUGGAAGGAUCUGGAACAUCCAGAGCUGUUAACACGGUUGGGUCAGAUUGUGCAGGAGAACAACACAGAGCAUCUGAGCUGUGACGUAUUUGAUGAUGAGGAUUCAGGUUUAACCAUGAAACCAAAGUCUGGACACAUCGAACCUCUGAACCUGGUUCUGUGUGGGAGGAGAGGAGCAGGGAAGACUUCAGCAGCCAAGGCCAUUUUAGGUCAGACAGAGCUUCGUUCAGUCUCCAGCUCAUCAGAGUGUGUUAGACAUCAGGGAGAGGUGAGUGGACGUCGGGUUUCCCUGGUGGAGCUUCCUGCCUUGUUUGGAAAACCUCCGGAGACAGUGAUGGAGGAAUCACUCAGGUGUGUCUCCCUCUGUGACCCUGAGGGCGUCCAUGCCUUCAUCCUGGUCCUACCUGUGGGUCCCCUCACUGAUGAAGACAAGAAGGAGUUAGAGACCAUCCAGACCACAUUCAGCUCUCCAGUCUAUGACUUCACCAUCAUUCUGUUCACUGUGGAGUCAGAUCCUACUGAUCCAGCUGUUGUUGACUUUCUAAAUGAAACUCAGUCGAUCCAGGAGCUCCGUCAGAGCUGUGGAGGAAGAUCUGUUGUUCUCAACAUCAGGGACAAGCAGCAGGCCCCUGAGCUGUUGGACGCUGUGGAACAGAUGAGACACAAAGAGGACAAACAGUGCUGCUACACAACUCAAACAUUUGCUCGUGUCCAAAUAGAAAAGAUCAUAGAACAAGACAAAAAGAUCAGAAUUCAACAGGCUGAACUGGAGGAACUGAAAAACAACAAACUGAACAUCAGUGAUGAAGAGACACAGAGUCCAGAGUGUCUCAGGAUUGUUCUGAUAGGGAAGACUGGCUGUGGAAAGAGUUCUUCAGGAAACUCUAUUCUGGGAAGAAAGGAGUUUAAAGCCAAAUCAAGUCAAAUAUCAGUCACCAAGUUGUGUCAGAAAGCAGUGGGGGAGGUGGACGGUCGUCCUGUGGUUGUGGUCGACACUCCUGGUCUGUUUGACUCAACCUUGUCCCAUGAAGAGGUUCAGGAUGAGAUGGUGAAAUGCAUCAGUCUUCUGGCUCCAGGACCACAUGUCUUCCUGUUGGUGUUACAGAUCGGCAGAUUCACUCCAGAGGAGAAGGAGACGUUAAAUUUAAUCAAGAAAGGUUUUGGGAAGAAUUCUGAGAAGUUCACCAUCAUUCUCUUAACUAGAGGAGACACACUGGAACGUGACGAACUGUCCAUUGAAGAAUACAUUGAAGAGGAAAGUGAUGGUUCCUUUAAGAAGCUGAUCUCUGACUGUGGAGGACGAUACCAUGUGUUUAAUAACUAUGAUGAACAAAACCGUGCACAAGUCAGUGAACUGAUAAAGAAGAUCAACACCAUGGUGAAGGAAAAUGGAGGCAGCUGUUACACCAAUGAGAUGCUGCAAGAGGCUGAGGCAGCGAUACAGAAAGAAGUGAAGAGGAUCCUGAAGGAGAAGGAAGAAGAGAUGGAGAGACAGAGGGAGGAACUGGAGAGAAAACAUGAGGAAGAGAUGCAGGAGAUGAAAAGAAGAAUGGAAGAACAGAGAGCAGAAACUGAAAAGGAGAGAAAACAGAGAGACAAAGAACUCAAGGAAAAGGAGGAAAACAUAAAGAAGGAGCGUGAACAAAGAAAGAAAGAACAGGAAGAGAGAGAAGAAGAAGCCAGGAAGAGGAAAAAGCAGGAAGAACUUCAACAAAAGGAGUGGGAAGAAAAACUGGAAGCUUUGGAGAAAAAAAUCAAAUUAGAAUCAGAGGAAAAAGAAACGAUUGACAGUGAGUUGUUGCAGAGUAGAGAAGAGAUGAAAAAGGAACGAGAGGCCUGGGAGAAGAAACAGAAAGAGUGGUGGGACAAACGAUCUGAAGAAGAUGAAGAGAGACAACAGGAGGAAAAAAGAAAACUGAGAAAACUCCAAGAAGAAUAUGAGCAGGAAAGAGAAAAAUAUGAAAGGAAAAGAAGAGAAGAAGAUCGAAUCAGACGAGAACAAGAGGAGGAGGAGAGAAAAGAAUUAGAGGAAAAGUAUAAGAACACACUGGAGGAAACGAAGAAGAAAUACGAAGAGGAGGCAAGAAAACAAGCUGAAGAAUUCAAUGAUUUCAGAGAGAAACACAGUAAAGAGUUUGAAAGUCUGAUGGAAAAACAUGACGAGGAACUGAAGGCUCUGAGGGAACAGCAUGAGAAAGACAAGCAACUGACAGAAGAGAAACACCGCAAAGAGUAUAAUCUGUUACAAGGUCUCUCCAGUCACAAAGAAAAACAACUGGAAGAAAUUGAGAAUCUGAAGAAAAAGCAACAAGAAGAAAUAAACACACUGAAGAAGAAAUCUGAAAAGAAAUGUUCCAUCUGCUGAUGAUGCUUCCACUGCAGCAGCUCUCUGUAUUAUUCAUGAUGAUGGUACAACAUCAGUUACUCAGCAUCAGUUAAUCAGCAUCAGCUUUCAGCAGAUCUUUCUGCUGCUGCUGUUUAAUGACGUGUGACAACAGAACAAACUGGACAUUUAUCCUCUGUAAACCACAGCACACACACUGUUUCCUGGCAGACAUGUGGAGAUGCAGUCAGCUCUCAGCUCAGGAUCAAAGAGCAGUCAGUCUCUGUCAGCAUGUCCUCACACACAUCAGGUGUCUCACACUGUCCCACUUCAGGUGUCCACAGAGCCCAGUUUAACCAUCUCUGCACCUCCUCAUCUUCCACGUGUGGAACAUGAAGCUGGUCGACACCAUCUAACAGCUCAGCACCAACCUUUGACCCUUCUGGGCUCAUGGGUGACAUCUAAUGGUUCUGUUGGGAAUUUAACCUACACACACAGCUUUGUACUAAAAGAGGUGUGAGCUGCUGAAUGCUGCACUGGAGCUUACAAUGGAAGAGGACGUCACAGGACUUUAACCAGUUAUGUGACUGGUUUAAUGAUUAAUGUUCAUCCAGUGUUUUGUAGACAGUGUGUGUGAGGACAGAGCUGACUACGAUGUCUCUAACUGACCUGCAGGACAAAUCCUGAUGACAUGAUUAGGUCAGGAAAGUGGACAACAAAGAACCAGAGACACAGGAAGGAGACAGAGUGUUUGACUGGAUCAGCACAGACAGCCUGAGAAAACAUGAUGCUAAAUAUGAGUUUAAGUUUUGAAGUUUUAUUACUUUAUUAUCUCUCAGAGUGGGGAAAUUUAUUCUCUGCAUUUUAACAUGAAUGAAACACACACACAAGCAUGUACACGCACCAAAGACACUGGGGCAGAGGGCUGCAUAGUAAGAUGCUCAGUUAAAAAUAUCAAUAUUUACUAUUUUGAUAUUUUUAACAUCUGUUCAACUUUCACAGCUUUAAAAUAUGAAUUUCCACUGAACCAACCAUAACAUGGAGCUUUAAACAGUUUAUUAUCAAUCACUGCUGUUAGAUUUAGUUACAUUUAUUAUUAUCUUCAUUUAACCAUUAGUCUGAAUCAUGUUCAUCAAAUCAAUGUUGAUUUUCAGCAAAACAAACUGAAAUAUGAUUUUUUUUUAAUCUAUAACUUUCUGAUCAUCAGCUCUUUCAGUGUGAUGUGAAUUUAUUUGUUGACUCUGUUGAUUUUAUCUGUUUAAACUGUCACUCAGUCCUAACAAUCACUACAGGAAUCAUUUCCAUAAAUUCAUGUAAACCACAAAUCUUUGAAAAUUAAAGGG